AUGUUAGGGUAUUGUAACCGUUGCUUUAAUACUUUAAGGUCGUCUCAGAUUUCUAAAGUUUAUUAUCUGAGACAAUACGGUUGUGGCAUUCCAAUGGCGCAAAACUUGGAUAGAUCAUUGUGCAGCAGAUCUGAACCUAAACGGUUUAAACAUGGAUUAUCGGUAGAAGGUGAGCGGCGUGAUUUAAGAGGUGAUGAAGAUUUCAAUAGAUAUUCAGAUCCGAUGCACGACAUGUGGGAUACCAGCGGUGAUGAUGAAAUUUUACAAUUCGUGGAAGCUAAAGAAAAUUGUAUUGAACGAGGAUAUGAGACCACUUCAAAUAAGAAGCAUAAGAGAAGCCCAGAACCUGAAGUGAUUGUUAUAAAUUCUUCUCCUCGUAAUCCCCAGAACGACAUGCCCGUCGUAAAUAUUCCUGGUAACCUACAACAGUGCAAGGUAGAUUCCGAUCGACUUAAUAUCGUCAGUUCUAAUUAUUUUUUACCAAAGGGAGAGGAUGCUUCUCAUUCUGGAGGUAUUUUUAACACUAAUUUGCAUUUUUCGGAGAAUGUUCCUUUAGAACACGAGCCCUUUAAUGAUGAAUUGAAAAAGGAGCAAUCGAAGGAUCUUAUUGGCUGUAUUCAUUCUUCACCGUUUACUAAAACGCUUGGUUCUGAUAUUGAGGAGAGUGCUUUAUUACCUCAGGUCAAUCAGGAGUUGGCGUACCAUACUCAGAAACCCAGUUCACAAGAGGUUAUAUCAUCACCCGAACAUUAUGCAGCUAUGGUUAAAGAAACGAAAAAUACAUUAUCUGUUUUGGAUUACUCUAAAAAUAAGAAAUCACAAUGUGUAGUUCUCAGUGAAGAGCAACAAAAGGUUCUGAAGUUGGCUGAUGCCGGAUUAAAUAUAUUCUACACUGGGAGUGCAGGUACAGGUAAAUCUAUUUUAUUGAGAGAGAUGAUUAAAAAAUUGAAAGAUAAAUAUGACCGCCCAGGCUCAGUUGCUAUAACUGCCUCCACGGGUCUUGCUGCAUGUAAUAUUGGAGGUAUUACUGUACAUUCUUUUGCUGGUAUUGGAUUGGGAAAGGGUACUAAGGAAAAUUUACUAAAGAAAGUUAAAAGGUCUAGGAAGCAUGUACAAAGAUGGUUUAAUUCUAAAUGUCUAGUAAUAGAUGAAAUAUCUAUGAUUGAUGGGCUGCUUCUUGAUAAGUUAGAUUUUAUUGCAAGGAAGAUUCGGAAAAGUAACAAAGCAUUCGGCGGUAUCCAACUCAUUUUCUGUGGUGACUUUUUUCAGUUACCUCCUGUGACUAGGGAUAAUCAGGAACCCGUCUUUGCAUUUGAUUCUGAAUCUUGGAAACAAGCUAUAGAUGCUACUAUCAUAUUGACUAAAGUUUUCAGGCAACAAGGCGAUACUAAGUUUAUUGAGAUGUUAAAUGAUAUGCGACUUGGUAAAAUAUCUCCAGAAACAGAACUGGAAUUCAGGAAGCUUUCAAGACCUCUUGAACAAAAUGAUAUUAUUCCAGCUCAGCUAUACAGCACCAGAGCUGAGGUCGACAGGGCAAAUAAUAGUCAGCUAGUUAAACUGGAAGGCGAUUGCAGAACAUACAAUGCAAUUGAUGGAGGUGAUUUGCCCAAUGAAGAAUUAAAAGAGACGUUGUUGGCAAACUUUCUUGCUCCAAAAAAAUUAGAUCUCAAAAUUGGGGCUCAAGUUAUGAAUAUUAAGAAUUUUGAUGAAACUCUAGUUAACGGAUCUUUGGGGAAGGUUAUCGAUUUCAUAGACGAAGGAACAUAUAUGUUUUACCAAAGUGUAAACAAUGAUGAUAUGGACAUUGAAGAGUGGGAAGAAUAUAAAGAUUAUCUAAUUAAAAAUGAUUUCAAAGUUCCAAAAGAUGAAGAUGAUGAGGAAUUAAAGAAAGAGACAAGAACAAGUGUUGUAAAAAAGGCUUUAAGGGAAAAAUUCAGGAAAGCUGACGAGAAAGAAACCGUACACGUACUUGGAGAUUCGAUAUUCGACUUUUUAAAAGUUAACUGCGAUGUUUCAGAUCCAAACGUGAAGGCUAACCUAGAAAGAAAGAAAAAACUAUUACAAGAAGUUCAUUUAAGUUCCAAGGGGAAAAAACUACCUUUGGUGCAAUUCUUUCAACCUGAUAAUUCAACCAGGACAGUUCUUGUUCGUGAGGAAGCAUGGGCUGUAGAAGAUGAAAACGAAAAGCCGCUUGUAACCAGAGUUCAACUACCACUAAUAUUAGCUUGGGCAUUAUCAAUCCAUAAAUCGCAAGGUCAAACUUUGAGUAAGGUAAAAGUGGACUUAAGGAGAGUCUUUGAAAAGGGACAAGCAUAUGUGGCACUAUCCAGGGCUGUAUCAAGAUGCGGUUUGCAAGUAUUGAACUUUGAUAGUGGAAAAAUUCAGGCACAUGAAAGAGUAGUUGGGUUUUACAGUGGAUUAAUGACAGCGGAUGAUGCUAUGAAGCUGCAUAAACCACAACAGAUAAAGAUAGAUUUCCCGAUUGCUAAUAAAAAAAGUAAAGUCUCAACACCUAAACAUACGGAACAUAAAGAUGGUUCUAUAACAAGUCUCUUAGGAAGGUUCACGAAGGAUUCUGCAUCUAGAUCAAUUACGCCAGAUAUAGAUUCCCUGCCCAAUUCUUGUCAAAAUCAGAGAGAUGGUAAUAUUGCAUAA